AUGCCAGAUAAUUUUUUGGUACCAACUAUACCUUCGAGAGCUAAUUAUGUACAUUUUGUCGCUGAUCUUUUAACUCCAGAACAUUAUUACAAUACAGAAAUAAUUAAUCCAGAAUUUCUAAACUAUGAAAAAUCAACAAUUGAAAUUCAAAGAAAUAUGGAAUUUCAUUCUGUUGAAUUUGUUCCUAGAGGAAAACAAGUUUUGGGGCUUGAUAUAGGGAUUGGUGCAAAUUGUGUGUUUUCGCUUCUAUGCAACAGAAUUUAUUCUUGGAAUAUGAUCGGUACUGACAUUUCAACUGAAAGCCUGAAAGUAUCAGACUCUAUAAUUAAAGAAAACAACCUCUCAAAUUGUAUAAAUCUCUUCCUUCAGGAAAAUCCGGAAAAUAUACUAUUCGGAAUACUUAACAGACCUGAAAUUGAAAAUUUGAAUUUUUCAUUCACUAUUUGCAACCCUCCAUAUUACGAUUCAGUUGAAGAUUCAGAAAUUAGUAUGCACCCCGGUCGUUUUAGAAAUUGCCAAAAACACGAAGUUAUAACUCAGGGAGGUGAAUCUCAUUUUAUUUUGAAGUUGUAUUCUCAAAGUAAGAAUUUUUCAAAAAAGGUAAUUUGGUACACUUCCCAAGUUUCUAAGCUAAAAAAUUUGAGAUUUUUGAGAAAUACUCUAGGAAAAGAAUUAAUUAACAACGAAUUAAAAUCACUCAGAUAUACUACAUUGAAACAAGGAAAGCAUGAUAAGUGGGUAAUAGCAUGGAGCUUUUUUGAAAAGGAAGAAAGAAUUUCAAUUUUAAAGUUUCUCAGAAACAAUCAAAAUAUCAAACUUUGA